AUGAUUCCCUCUGCAUUUGCGUUUAUCCUUCUCCUGCCCAUUGCUACCGCAAGCGGCGGCGUGCACAAGCUCAAGCUCCAUAAGAUUCCUCGAGGAAAUGUUGACCCAACCAUAGAGUCUGCCUAUUUGUCGGAGAAAUAUAGUGGACAGCCCCAACUGCCGUUAAUGGGCACAGAUGGCCCGAGUCACCAGUUUGGUUCAAUCGGCGAUAAGAUGACGAAUGGCGGGCACAAAGUCCCGCUCAGUGACUUCAUGAAUGUUCAAUACUUCACGAAUGUCACUCUCGGUUCUCCUCCUCAGGAGUUCAGGGUUAUCCUGGAUACAGGUAGCUCAAACCUAUGGGUCCCAAGCACCAAAUGCAGGUCCUUCGGAUGUUCCAAGCAUGUGAAGUAUAAUUCUUCUGUAUCGUCAACGUAUCAGGAGAAUGGGACGGACAUCCAUAUCAAAUACGGCUCCGGCGACAUGGAAGGAAUCGUCUCAAAGGAUGUUGUCACCAUCGGCGACCUCAAAAUCGACGGACAGGAUUUUGCCGAAGCGACGAAAGAUCCGGGCCCAGCAUUUGCGUUCGGAAAGUUUGACGGAAUCUUCGGACUCGGCUAUGAUACUAUUUCCGUCAACCACAUUACGCCCCCCUUCUACAGCAUGGUCAACCAAGGAUUACUUGAUGCUCCUGUUUAUUCCUUCAGGUUCGGUUCCUCGGAGGAUGACGGUGGUGAAGUAGUCUUUGGCGGUAUUGAUGAAUCGGCAUACUCAGGGGAGAUCAACUAUGCUCCUGUUCGCAGCCGGGAACACUGGGAAGUCGAACUUCCUAAAUAUGCCUUUGGGGAUAAAGAGUUCGUUCUUGAAAAUACUGGUGGUGUGAUCGACACUGGGACCUCCCUCAUGUAUUUGCCUGUCGACGUUGCAGAGAAGCUGAAUGCCCAGAUUGGUGCGAAUAACAGGAAUGGUCAAUAUAUAGUUGAUUGCAAGAAAGUCCCUGAACUUCCCGACUUCACCCUUUGGUUCAAUGGGCAGGCCUAUCCUCUCAAGGGAAGUGACUAUAUUAUCGAAAACCAGGGCAGGUCAUCCCGCACGUGCACCAGUUCCUUCACUGGUAACGAUAUCUAUGGUGACGCACUAUGGAUUAUUGGAGAUGUUUUCCUGCGCCGCUACUAUACAGUAUUCGAUCUUGGAAAUAAUACUAUCGGUUUUGCGACAUUGAAAUAA